GGAGGCAGAACCCGUGGAACGCGCUGAAGGGCUGGAGCCCCAAGUUACUCCUCGCCCGCGCUGGCCUCUGCUGUCAUUCGCAGGCUGGCCGGGGAAGGGACCCGCACGCCUGGCUUUGUUGUGGAAAUCCGGGUUACCUGGCUAAUAACCCACACCAUGGAUAACUUAUUGGACUUUGCCUGAAAGGAGUCAUUAGUGCCAUUGGAUAUUUGACCAUCCUGGCCACAGGUUUUUUCAGAAUGAAUGGAAGGUCAUGCAGCAUGAGUCUCCACCGGACAUCAGGAACCCCACAGGGGCCCGGGAUGGUCAGUGGCCAAUACAUUCCUCCCAUCCGAGCCCACUCUGGGACUCCUGGCCCCUCGUCCUGUGGCAGCACAGCGAGCCCUGCCAUCGGAAGCCUUGCUAACAGCCUUCAUCUCAAGAUGCCCUCGGGAGGAGGGAUGGCUCCUCAGAGCAACAUGGCCGAGAGCCCCCUCCAUCUGCCUGCCUUGAGCCCCAGGAGACAAGUACUCACCAAUGGGAAGCCACGAUUCCAGGUCACCCAGGCUGGAGGCAUGUCAGGGCCACACAAUUUAAAGCCAAAGCAGCAGGAGUUUGGAAGUCCUUUUCCUCCAAAUCCUGGGAAAGGAGCCAUCAGUGAAACCACAUGGGCCUCUAGGCACAAAUUUAUCAUCUCUGAUGGAAAAAUAACGAAAAGAACUUCUCCAGGAGUAAGAGCACAUGGGGCUCUUGGCUUUGGGCCUCAGUGCAAGUCCAUUGGAAAAGGCAGCUGCAACAAUCUAGUGGUCACCAGCAGUCCCAUGAUGGUUCAGCGACUGGGACCCAAUUCACCUCCAGCAAGCCAGGUCUCUACAGCAUGCAACCAGAUCAGUCCUAGCUUACAGAGGGCAAUGAAUGCUGCCAACCUGAAUAUACCUCCUUCAGAUACCAGGUCCCUUAUUUCUCGCGAGUCUUUGGCGUCCACGACUUUGAGUCUCACAGAGAGUCAGUCAGCCUUGAGCGUGAAACAAGAGUGGUCUCAUGGCUACAGGGCUCUCCCGUCACUCUCCUCCAGCCACAGCUCCCAGAACGGCACUGAUCUAGGGGACCUCCUUAGCCUUCCUCCCGGGACAGCCGUGUCCAGCAAUAGCGUCUCUAACUCACUGCCGUCCUACCUUUUCAGCAUGGAAAACAGCCACUCUCCUUACCCCAGUCCCCGGCACUCAUCGGCCAGGUCCCACUCAGCCCGCGCCAAGAAGAGAGCACUGUCCUUGUCCCCGCUGUCUGAUGGCAUUGGGAUAGACUUCAAUACCAUCAUCCGCACCUCGCCCACCUCACUGGUCGCCUACAUCAACGGGUCGAGGGCUUCCCCGGCCACCAUGUCCCCGCAGCCCGAGGUCUACGGGCAUUUCCUGGGGGUGCGUGGCAGCUGCAUUCCCCAGCCGUGCUCGGUGCCGGGCAGCCAGAAGGGCGUGCGGGUGGCCAGCAGUGGCCUGGUGCUCCCAGCCUACGGCGAGGGCGGCGUGCUGGAGUGUGAGCGCAUGCAGCAGCUGGAGCACGGAGGCCUCCAGCCAGGGCUGGUCCACAACAUGGUGGUGCAGCAUGGCCUGCCCAGCCACGACGGCCAGCCGGGCGGCCUGCUGAAGACGGAGCGCCUCGAUGAUUUCCCGGGCGGUGCCCUGGACCUGCCCCCUGCGCCCCCUCUGCCGCCUCUGCCGCCAGCCCCCCAGGGCCCCCCGCCCCCCUACCACUCCCACCCCCAUCUGCACCACCAGGAGCUAGUGGCCCGUGCCCAGCCGCUGGCCCUUCCCCAGGAGGCCUUGGAGGAGGACGGGGAGAUGGAGGACGUUGGGGGCAAACACUGCUGUCGCUGGAUCGACUGCAGCGCCCUGUAUGACCAGCAGGAGGAACUUGUGCGGCACAUCGAGAAGGUUCACAUAGACCAGCGCAAAGGGGAAGACUUCACUUGCUUCUGGGCCGGCUGUCCUCGGAGGUAUAAGCCGUUCAACGCGCGCUAUAAACUGCUCAUCCACAUGCGAGUCCACUCCGGGGAGAAGCCCAACAAGUGCACGUUUGAAGGUUGCAAGAAGGCCUUUUCCAGGCUUGAGAAUCUCAAGAUUCACUUGCGGAGCCACACAGGCGAGAAGCCAUAUCUGUGCCAGCAUCCAGGCUGUCAGAAGGCGUUCAGCAACUCCAGCGACCGUGCCAAGCACCAGAGGACACAUCUGGACACUAAACCUUAUGCUUGUCAAAUUCCAGGAUGUACCAAACGCUACACAGACCCAAGUUCCCUACGAAAGCAUGUGAAGGCACAUUCUUCCAAAGAUCAACAAGCAAGGAAAAAGUUGCGGUCCAGCGCAGAGCUCCAUCCUGACCUGCUCACAGACUGCCUCACUGUGCAGCCCCUGCAGUCGGCCACCUCCCCGCGCGAUGCUGCUGCUGAUGGGGCGGUGGGACGCUCCCCCGGGCCUGGGCCUGACCUCUAUCCAGCCUCCAUCUUUGGCAACAGUCAUUCAAGCCGAAGCGGAACAGCUGCUGGGGCCAUGCCGGCCCCACAUGCCGUCGGCCACCCUUCCCCGGGCCAGAGUGUGCAGGGGAGCCCCCACAACCCCGCCUCCCAGUUACCUCCGCUUGCAGCUGUGGACGCGGGAGCCGAGAGGUUUGCACCUUCUGCCCCGUCUCCUCACCACAUCAGCCCCCGGAGAGUUCCAGCUCCUUCUUCAGUAAUGCCGAGAACGCAGCCUCCCCACACCCAGCAGCCAGUGGGUGGGCCACACCUGAAGUCUUACCAGCCCGAAACAAACUCUUCCUUUCAACCAAAUGGGAUCCACGUCCAUGGAUUUUACGGGCAGCUACAGACGUUCCGCCCCCCCCAGUAUCCCGACUCCCAGAGAGCCGUGCUGCCCAGCAGCCCCUGCAGCGGGGUGCCUUCCUUCGAGGACUGCCUGGCCCCCACGCCCAUGGGGCAGGCCGGCUUUGACGUGUUCCACAGAGCCUUCUCCGCUCACUCGGGCAUUGCAGUGUAUGAUUUGCCUUCAGGGUCCUCAAGCCUCUUCGGGGAGUCUCUUCGCAGCGGGCCUGAGGACGCCACGUUCCUGCAGAUCAGCGCCGUGGACCGCUGUCCUAGCCAGCUCUCCUCUGUCUAUACCGAAGGCUAAAUGCUCCCCUGGCCUCCACCCCCACUGGCACCCAGAACCUUUUUGUCGCUUGCCACCUUUUAUUUUCAUAUUCUCAGAGACUGCAUGAAAAGGUUGUCCGCCUCAUCGGUGGACCCUGCAGAGGCACAGACGUGUCUCUGGAAGGCAGGACUGGCCGGAGCCGGGCUUUGCAGGAAUGUGUUCAGUUGCUCCUUUUUCCAUCUGGGUUUGCUGGUGACCAGCAGGACUGGCUUUUCAAAGGGAAUUUAGAGUCACUCUACCGGAUACCUGUGACUUCCAGCUGUCAGCUCUCAAAGGACACCAGUGAAAGGAUGCAUAUAUGAACAUAGAGUCUGGGGAUCACACUUGCACAGAACUCCAAAGAGGGAAGGACAACCCAAACUGCCGGAAGCACAGUGAACUCCCCCACUGCUCCCCGUCCCCGCUGGUUCCUGCAAAAUCAGGCAACAGGGGAAACCUACAUCCAAGCACAGCUUGGGCUCAACUCCUGGAGAAGCCCUGGCUCCUGGCACCAGCACUGGCCUGGCAGCCCGGGGAGCUGGCUGCCUCUUUCCUCUUACUAUGCCCAUGCUAACCAGUUGCUUUUCAAUAUUUCUCUGAAAGCAAAAUAAGAAGGUUCUGUCAAGCACAGUCCCUUGAAAGGCACUACAACUUGUUUUAUAUUCCAGCAACUUAUCUUAGUUCUUUUAUUUUUAAAGACUUGUUAUUUACAUCUACUUUUAAAGGAAAAAAAAAAUAUUUAGAGGUCUGUUCUUUGGAUGGAAAGAAUUAGUGUAAUCACCCCACUUAUGUCCAUUUUGCCACCGCUGUAGCUUGGCCUGGCCCCACCUCACCGCACCUGUGAGCACCCCCCCCCCCAGUAGUUUCACAUUUCACAAAAGCCACCUGAGGGAAAGGGGGUGGGCCCAGCCCCCUUCCCGGGGCCAUAGCGGAAACCCUGGUGGGUUGACUGUUCAGUGACUCCACCUCGAAGACCUCAUUCCACGGAAAAGAUCGCUGAUUGACCCAUUGCCUCCACUUGGUACUGUGCUGAGUCAUGCUAGAAGAUGUGAGAACAGGGGCCCCCUGAGCUGAGAUCCUGGGUUCUCUCAGAAAACCCAACGAGAGGUGCCCAGUGUCCAGUGAUUUUUGCAUAGCUUCUGCUCACCUCCUUUCGGAUACCCACUCACCGGUCUGUCUGUCCCUCCCCCGUACUGUCCUCUCCGUCCUCAUCAUUAUUCUCACCUCCUCCUUGUCUGCAGUCAGGCGCAACCCACCCGCCCUCGCCUGACCAUCCUUCCUCCCCGCAAGGUCUGCUCUGAGGCAGGUAGAGGGAAAGUUCAGGGAAGGUAAGCAGAAGAAGUUAACUUUUUUCCCUGAAACUCUCCUUUGAGGGCCUGGAAUGUUCACAGAGCUCUUGGGCAUUUGAUAGCAACCCUGAAUAGGAAACCACUUUCUGGGAUGCAUUGACAAAGCUAUUAAAAAGAUCUUAAGUCCAACACAUAGAUCCUAAAAAGUAGCCACACCCCAAAGACACGGGGUAAAGCCUGACAUUCCAGAACUGUCACAUUUCGGUUUCUUUCCUCUUGUAAAAUGAAAUAGUGCUAUUUGUCCCACUGAGAUCAUUACAGUCUCCAACAAGGGUUCACCAGCACGGUGUCACACCUGGGACCCGGGGACAGUUUGUCUCCCUCAGUCGGGCUGCACGGGCUGGACUUGAUCCCCAUGUGCCAUAGAGUGAGGGGACUAACGAGCCACGCGUCGGGGUCGCUUUUCCAGGGCCCGAGGUCAGUCUGCUUCCUCUGACUCGUGAGCUCUGAUCCGAGAAAGGCCACCAUGCAGGCAUCCAGAGCUGCAAAAGAGUGAGGUUACUCACUUUACAAAACUGCUCUGCUUUACGAAGCAAGGCUCCUGCGGCUUCCCAGCCAGACGAGCUCCCAGACUGCGAGUAAAUGCCAGCCUCCUUGCAGACGUUGUGGGUUCUGUCACUUGGUGUAAACCAGGACACGUGCAUGCUAGCGCUGCUGUCCCCUGUGUGUCCCCGUGUCCCACUCCGGAAAGGAAGGUAAGCUCCGAUAGCGUUAGAGAAUGUGUCCGUUCUUAAAUUCCUUUAUGAGGAACUCAGAACAUACUUCGUACUUGGUGUGACGAGGAGGAAAAAGAUGAAAAGCAAGGGGUUGUUGCUUUGAUUGCAGUGACGUCAGCCCUGCCUUGUGGCUUUACAUAGUUUGAAGUGGACAGUGGGGAGGAGGACAGAGCCAGAAGCCGAACCUCAGGCACCGUGAGGGUCGUCUUCCUCUUUGGCUGGAGGAUAAGCCCCUGCGCCAGUGCCUGGUCUGACCGUGGCCUCACGGCGGCCCUGCCCGUCUCUCGUCACUGCUGGGGGGGGGGGGGGGGGGACACCUGCAGGGCCUCCUUCCUCGGCAGAAAAGGGCAUGGGUGUGAGCAUGGGGCAAGCACGGCCAGUGCAGCCUGCAAGCUCGUGUCCCCGCACAUGGCCUCGUGUCCCCGCACAUGGCCCUCAGUGUUUCCUGAUGGCUACAGGUUUGAGCUCAGCCCUCAGGGCCUGACACGGUCAGGUUCCUUGGAGACGGCCCAGGCUGUCCUUGGCUUCCAGAAUCUCACCUGACCUUCCGACCUGUCCCUUGCUGGCUUUCACAUUGCUUGAGAUUCACAGAUGCGUUCAUCAUCAUGUGUGUAGCAGUGAAGGUAGAAACUUCAGAGAAUUCAUUCCCUUCCAUUUCCUGGCCUUUUUCGUCUUGCUGUGUAACCAGCCAUUUUCAUAAACAUCUGAGCAGAGAUUGUCAUUCCCCCUUUUUAGAAAAAAACAAAAAAACAAAAAAACAAAACUGGUGCUUGUGAAAAUACACACAGCCCAAGCCAAUUAUCCUAUUACAUUAAAAAAAAAAUCAGUCUGCCUAGAGACAUUUCGUUUGUUGCAUUGUCUUAAUUCCUUAAAGGCACCGCCUCAAAAUGUCAGUUGUAAUUUAGCUGCUGAUUAGCUGUUGAAUAUUAUUUAAGGAUGUACUGGUCCUGUGGGGUGUCCCCCUUUGCCCCUGUCUCCCCCGAUUGCAUAGGUGAUUCGAAAGCCGACAGAAGGCGUUCGGUGGACCCACUGGUAAAACAAGAGUGUGGGUGGUGGUCUGCUGUUUUUAAAUUCCCUGCUGUCAAGCACAUUA